UUUUUGCAUGACGAAAUGACGCCUCCUUGGCUAACUCCUGAUGCGGCUCCAGAUCCAAGAGACAUCGGUCCCCAAUUCACCAGGCUGAGGUGUCAUCGGAAGUCAGACGCCGGUGGCCCGGUAGGAGGCGCCCCACGGGUCCUGUCACCGCUUUCGGUUUGCCGGGGCCGGGCACCUCGGAGAAGGCGCGCCCCCCUCCCUCUUGGACCGCAGGCCCGCCCCGCCCCACGGCUUCCUCCCCGGCCGCGGGCACUGAGGCCGCGCAGGGCAGAGGAGUCGGAGCCGGCGAGCAGGCGGCGGCGGCGGCGGCUGUGGAGGCGAUGGUCUUUUGUGCCGGAGGAAGGCUGGGUGGGGAACUCUCGAAGCCUUGACCUUGGGCUUGGUGCUCAGGCAGAGAAAGAGUUGAAGCGAUGCCAGCAGCAGGCGGAAGAAGUGACGGAAAUCAUGCUCGACAAUUUCGGCAAGGUCCUGGAGCGCGAAGGCAAGCUGACAGAGUUGGAGCAGCGCUCAGACCAGCUCCUGGACAUGAGUUUGGCCUUCAGCAAGACAACCAAGGCUUUAGCCCAGCAGAAGCGCUGGGAGAAUAUCCGGUGCCGGGUCUACUUGGGACUAGCAGUGGCUGCUGGCCUGCUCAUCAUCCUGAUUGUGCUGCUGGUCAUCUUUCUUCCAAGUGGUGGGGACAGUAGUAAACCAUAGGCCAAGGAUGCAGGCACUGCCUUAGGGACUGGGGACUGAGCCAGCCCGGCCUGAAGGAAAGGCUGAGUGGCUGCACUGGCCUGUUUUGGUCUCCAGAGAAUCCUGGUGUUUGUGUCCGUCUAGGACACCCGAGUGACUGCUGAAGGGCAUCCUGGAUAUGUGCACCUCUGCAUCUCCCAUCAUGCCAUGGUCUGGCCCUUGAGAGCAGCCUGCUGCUGCGCUGGCCCUAUUAGGCCACACCACUGGAGCUCAGUAAAAGCUGCUGUUUGGUUAAAAA